CAGAUAAUGUUGUUGUUGACCGCUGCUCACUUACAUUUCAUUGUUACGAUACUUUUGUGUUGUCCAGGACAGUGUGUGGAAGAUGCCUAUUAUAACUAUUCCGUAUCUUGUGGCUUCCAGAAGGAUAUGUGUGGAUGGCAAUCACCUAAAGGUAUUGCAUACUCAGACCGGGCGGUCGGCGUUUGUGGAUUAGGAGGAAACCAAUACCAUUGUUUUCUUGCCAAUGCAUUUCAAACCCAUCCAUGGAUUCGAAAAGAUAUUAAAUCAAUACCAUUGAAACGUUUGGGUGUUCCCGUUGAUAUUGGUAACAUGAUAAGGGAAAUUGACAAUCGCUUUGUCCUUCGUUCUGCAAGAAAUACAAACAGCCAACACAGAGAGAUUAACGAUGUUUUAAGUACAGAAAUUCCCCAUUCAAUGGAAUACCGCUGUCUUCGCUAUAAACACUUGGUUAUUGGACAAUCCUCAGCUUUAGUUGUUGGAUACAUCAAAGACUACCAGGAACCAUUUGAUUUGUCGCACAUUCUAAACGCACACGGCAAUUCCCCAGUGAUCAAAUUUAGCAGUGCAUCAGUCACUCUUCCAGUCGGUGGAAAAUUUAAGGUUGUAUUUCGGGCUUUGUUUGGCAGCCCACAGAACGAGGUAAACUACGGACUAGCACUAAUUACCAAUGUAUCCUUCGGCAGUGGAAUUUGUGAGAUGUGCGAUGCGACUGAAUUCAGUUGCAGUCGUAGUCGAGACGAGUGCAUUCCCCUUAACAAAGUCUGUGAUUUGAAACCUGACUGUCUCAUGGAGGAAGAUGAGAAAGACUGUGUCUCUGAUGUCAUGAAAAGUCAAUGCAGAGAAAACAAUACCUCGUCUGGGGAUGAUAAAAAUGAAAUUGAAGACGUCCAUAAAGAAGUCCGUUUUAUACCGCAGUGGCAUUCAUGUGCAAAUGAAGACGAAUGCCCCUCAAACUAUACGGACAAUUGUUCCUUCUACUGUCCUCCUCACUGUGCAUGUCGUGGUCUGUCUUUAAAUUGCUCCUCCAUUCAUAAUUUACCGACACAUGUGACCGCCAUUACACUACACGGCCUGGGACGAGAGAUGCUCAUUUUCAAUAAAAGGUUUACUAAUUUAAAAAAGAUACAAAUUACAUCCUGUGAAUCGUGCGUCCUGUAUAUCCAUAAAACUGUGGCAGUAAAUACAGUAAUAAUCAAUAACAGCGAAUUCCAAUCCAUUUCCAUCGAUGAUACAAAAGAUAAUCUAUACCAAUUAAGUAUAUUUAAUAGCUAUAUUGGGAGCAUGUACCUUUCACGGAAAUUUGAUCACAGAAUUGAGUGGAAUGUUCAAAACAGUUCACUGAACUCGACAAAAUUUAAGAUUCCUAAGCUUUGGGGAAAUCGUGCGGACAUGUCGCAGACGUGGGGUUUUCCAAAUGUCAUUGAGCGGUUUGCACACUUAGUAGUGAACUACAGUUCUUGCAAUUUAACGGAGUUACCAAAUUCUUAUCUAGAAACAAGAACUCUAGAUCUUAGUCGUAACAAGUUAAAAAGUUGCAAAAUACUUUAUUUCACACAAAUUUUGUACCUUCAGUAUAAUCUUUUUGAAACAGUUAACAUAUCUAUUGACACUAGGCAAUCGGAGGCCCGCAUCCAAUAUCUCGAUCUUUCGUACAAUCAAAUCAAUGUCGUGGGAACUAAUCCUUUUCAUGACCUAACUAACCUUCUUUAUUUAAAACUUAACAAAAAUCGUAUCGUUAAUAUUCACAAAGACAGUUUUUCAAAACUUUCUGAGCUUUUUCACCUGGAUUUGUCCAAUAAUCAUGUCCAUUAUUUGACACGUGAUCAUUUCAUUCGUCUCACUAGUUUGCAGUAUCUUAACCUUCAAAACAAUAACCUCAAUGUAAUGGAGGGCAUGUUUGAUGGUCUUAUAAGUGUACAGUAUUUAUUGGUGGAUUAUUUCACGUUAUGUUGCGCUCAACCUAAAGCUAAAGGCAAAAUUCAGUGUUUAGCUCCAGUCAACGAAAUUUCUUCUUGUGACCAUUUAAUUGACACGCCAUUUCUUGGUAUUGUUAUUUGGUACAUAGCCCUUGUAGCGGUCUUUGGAAACUUUUGUGGGAUACUGUAUAGAUAUAGCAUGAUGAAGAGAAAAUCUAUGUCAUCAUUUGCACUAUAUUCCAUAAAUUUGGGCGUCGCAGACUUUCUGAUGGGUGUUUAUCUCUACAUCAUAGCAGGAGCUGAUUUAAUGUUCAGUGGGCGAUACGGGUUUGCAGAUGAGUGGUGGAGACAUAGUCCCAUUUGUACGUUAGCUGGUGUAAUGGCCACUCUUUCUAGUGAAACAUCUGCUCUGUUUGUACUUUUGAUAACCAUUGACAGAAUUCACAUGAUAAGAUCCCCUUUCUCUAAACUGAAGGAAAAUGGCAGAAUUCCCAAAUUUCUUUCUGGGUUAGUGUGGACCAUUGCUCUCUUGUUAUCAGUGUUGCCUUUACUUGGAGAUGACUAUUUUCAUGACUAUUAUUCUGGUUCCGGAAUAUGUAUUUCUUUACCUCUCUCUGUACAGCGUGUAUCUGGUUGGGAAUAUUCGAUGAUAGUAUUUGUUGGGGCCAACUUCCUAAUCUUCAUAGCAAUAUUGAUAGGUCAAGUAGUGAUAUUUACCAAUGUUGUAAAUGCUGGGGAAAAACUACAGACACACCAGUCUACUCGAUAUCGGAACGAAACGUCCUUGGCUAAAAUUCUGAUAGCAGUUGCUGUAACGGAUUUGUUAUGUUGGAUACCAAUAGGUACUAUUGGUCUUCUGACGUUCGUUGGCGUUGACGUCACACCGAAGGUGUAUGCAUGGGUGGUGGUCGUAGUUCUCCCUAUAAACUCGGCAUUAAAUCCACUGAUUUAUACUUUUUCUGCGAUUAUUAAACAAGUGAAUCAGAAUUCAAAGGGAUGUCAAAGAGGAAACACUAAAGAAGGGUGUAUUUCAAAAGAAAUAUCCGAGGUGAAUCAGAAUUCAAAGGGAUGUCAGAAGAAGAAAACUAAGGAAGAAUUCACUUUAAAAGAAAAUUCCUAGGUGCACAAUUGUUUAUUCAGACUAGACAUAAACAUUUUGAAUGAUUAUCUCAAUGCUAAUAGUUUAAUGGUAAGUGUUAUGAGAUUUCUUCAAUAUAUCAGGUUUUCUAUGAAAAAUAUGUAAUAAAUCUGAGGAUGGAUUUGUGUGGUUUCUGAAUUACACACUGGUUGUUUAUUUUGAAUGAAAAAAAAUCACGAAUGACAACCAUGUUCACUCACCAGACUUGAUAACUUGAUAAGGUCCAUAGCUCUCCAAAUAAUGAAAAGUGGGAUACAUCAGAAAGCUAAGUUAACAACCUUCCAAAAAGAAUAAAAGCAAUGUAACAACCUUCUAAAACAUAUCGAUUAGAGCACAAUUAAUUUUUUUUUUCUGUGCUCGAUUAGGGUGUUAUAUCUUCAGCUUUUUCAUAUAACCGACUCUAUCAUUAAAACACCUAUCUUUCUCCAACUACGCAUGUGUCAACACUUCAAAGAUACAUUACAGUCCUGUUGAAGAUACAAAAUCACAUGCAGCUUUCGUUUGUUUGUUUAAGUACCCAUGUCAGGCUACUUGAAUUGCUGCUUUAUAUAUAAUGAUGGACUUUAAAAACGCAGCACAUAAUUUUUCCAAAUAAUAUUUGGAUAAUGCUUUUAUAAUGAAAGGUGAAGAUAACGAACAGUGAUCAGUCUCAUAACUCCUAUAAACAAUACAAAAUAGAGAGUUGGGUAAACAUGGACCCUGGACACACCAGAGGUGGUAUCUGGUGCCUAGGAGGAGUUAGCAUCCCCUGUCGACCGGUCACACCCGUCGUGAGCCCUAUAAUACUUCUUGCACACGUCACUCACCAUACAUCGCGCUGGAUAUUAAUAUAUAUUACCUGUUGUACCCGCGUACAAUAUUAUCACCCGAAGUGAAUACCACUGCAUGAAAUUUUCUAUUCAAAGCAAUUGAAAAAGUAAAAACGAGCUUUGUCGUAAGAAACGAUUGUGCUGGUGAUUGCAGAUGCAACAGUAGAGAUCAAACAAUAGGACAAUGUGGAAUGCGAAAUCAAAUCGUCAGUAUUCUGCAAGCAGACGUUCAUCGCUGUACAAUAAGCUGGUUUCGACGAUAACAUCUGACAUGAUCAAUAAAUGACAGUUCAUGACAACACUACGUGCGUUCGGUGACGUCACUUGUAGGAUAGGAUUACAGCUGCUGCGACUACAGUGAGGCAGACGAUUGGACUUCAUGAUAGGUCCACUCAUUCUAGAACAAUGUCCAGAACAUUGAAAAAGCUUUGGAGUCCGAUGCAGAAGACUUUACAAAAAGGUUACAAUUUUAAUUGCAUCACCGAAUCUGUUUUGUUAUAUAAAAAUAUUCCAAAAUGAAGUAAAGGAUAUUUCAGUAAAAGGGGU